AUGUCUCCCCCCGCUGCCGUCUCUCCCACUACCCGCUCUGCUGAGCUCGCCGCCCCUGCCGUCAAGCUCCCCGUCGGCCUGAGCAAGAACACUACUACUGCCACCAUUGAGGAGAUGGAGGGCAAGUGGGAUGACUUCAAGUUCGCCCCCAUCCGUGAGAGUCAGGUCUCUCGGGCCAUGACCCGCCGCUACUUCCAGGACCUCGACAACUACGCCGAGUCCGACAUUGUCAUUAUCGGCGCCGGUUCCUGCGGUCUUAGCGCUGCCUACAUCCUCGGCAAGAAGCGACCUGACCUGAGAAUCGCCAUCAUCGAGGCUUCCGUGUCUCCUGGUGGUGGUGCUUGGCUCGGUGGCCAGCUCUUCUCGGCCAUGGUCAUGCGAAAGCCUGCCGAUGCCUUCCUCCGUGAGGUCGGUGUGCCCUACGAGGACGAGGGUAACUACGUCGUUGUCAAGCACGCUGCCCUCUUCACCUCUACCAUCAUGUCCAAGGUUCUCCAGCUUCCCAACAUCAAGCUGUUCAACGCUACCUGCGUUGAGGACCUCAUCACCCGACCUUCUGAGGAGGGAGUCCGCAUCUCUGGUGUCGUCACCAACUGGACUCUUGUGUCGAUGCACCACGACGACCAGUCUUGCAUGGACCCCAACACCAUCAACGCUCCCCUUGUCAUCUCCACCACUGGACAUGACGGCCCCAUGGGUGCCUUCUCUGUUAAGCGUCUCGUCAGCAUGCAGCGCAUUGAGAAGCUUGGUGGCAUGCGUGGUCUUGACAUGAACGUGGCUGAGGAUGCCAUUGUCAAGGGCACUCGUGAGAUCGUCCCUGGACUGAUUGUCGGUGGAAUGGAGCUUUCUGAGGUUGACGGUGCCAACCGAAUGGGCCCUACUUUCGGUGCCAUGGCUCUGAGCGGUCUCAAGGCUGCCGAGGAGGCCCUCAAGAUCUUUGACGUCCGCAAGAAGCAGAACGCCUUCUAA